AUGCCCCCACGCAGACUGCCUAGCUCUGUGAGCAUAGGCACAGCGUAUGAGAUGGCCGUACGCCACACUCUCGCUCGCCAGCUCCAAUUCGAGCUGAGUAGAGUCGGCGGUGCGCACGAUCGCGGCGUUGACCUGAUGGGCGUGACGCGCACUCCUCAGCGACUUAGUUUGGUAGUGCAGUGCAAAUGCGAGUCCAAGAAGCUGUCGCCGCGUCAUGUAAGGGAAUUGCAGGGCACGCUGGUUCAACAUCUCGAUAGCAGCGGUAUGACAAUCGCCUUGCUGGCUAGCUCACAGGGAUUCACUUCUAGCACCGUUGCAGAAGCUAUCGCUUCGCGUCUGCCGCUCUCCCUAGUGCAUAUCUCAACUAAUGGGACUCUCCAUAAUUGCCUUUUCAACAACGCAGCUUCACUCCUCCUCGGUAAAGCUGGUUUGCAGCUCGUCAAGAGCUUCAGCACCGCCCGUAGCCCCAAUAGCGAUGGCAUGGACUUGGUUAUAUCUCUCGAGCAAACAAAACCAUCGACAUGA